AUGGCGACGACACCAGCACUCAGAGCACAACCAUCCUUUCGCAGAGAGUCUCCCUCUCCCUCUACGUCACCAACGCCUGCAAUUGGAGCAUGUCCAGAGCUCUCUCGUUGCGUCUCCACAGCUUCCACGGGCUCUAUUUCGGAUCUAUCCAACGUCAUGGGGCGGGAGUCGUUAAGUAGCACAGUGAGCUCUGUCGGCACGUCUGUAUCACGAUCAUCAUCUGCGAGCUACGCGAAUCGAUUCUCGAUUACCGGCACCGAGAAGCCAAAACGACGUGGCUAUGUCCGCCCACAAGGCACGAACUUCGCAGCGUCAGCCAAGUCGAGAGAAAGUGUUUUAAGUUUAGGCAGCAUAGCACACCUACAAUAUUACUUUGCAAGGACUGGUUUGCUUGAUGGGAAGGGAGGACGUUUGGCAAGGAAGAAGGACAAGGACAGCCGGGCAACGCUGGAUCUAUCAUCUCUGGAUACAUCAUUCUUAACUCCAAAAGUGGCUUGUUCAGAUGUCGACUCUUCAUAUGCCUCGUUGGGAAGCAGCCCCGAGCUUCACGCACAAGGACUCGGAGGCAUGAUAGCAGAGAGCCCUACCCAAGAGGAGUUUGAAUACUACAGCGGCGAAGAAGAGGACGAAGACCACCCACACAUGCUUCCUCCGACUGUCAGCACCUACAACCAUCGCGAGAAGCCGAUUCCAAAACCGCCUUCCCUGGAAGAGCUCAAGGACGAAUUGCAGAAGGCACUCGCUGCUGCGGUAAAGGUCCUCGAAGAUGCGAAAGUGAAUCCGAGUUCCCAACCUCCAUCCCCUUCUGGGACACACAUCUCCGAUGGCGAGCCCUUGAGCCCCGCGUCUUCAGACGAUAAUCGAGGCUGGUAUGAGCUCCAAGGAAUGCACAUUCUGGACAUCAUGACUCUCGCAAUCCGCGCGGCUAAAAUGUACUACACUGCGCAUGAUCAACCAGCACGUCUCGCAGCCAUCAAAUCUGAGCGCAGGAUUCGAGCUGAGUUAUUAACUGUCAUGGAUGUGCUGAAGAAAAUGGCGACAAGGACUUUCAUGGGCGGCAUGAAGACUGACGAACGGGAAACAAUGGAGAACUGGGUCGCCAGUGUCUACGAGAUGCUGAAGCAAGAGGAGGCAAUGGAAGAGGCCGAGAGGAAGCGGAGAGCGAGCUGGACUUGGCUUGAUAAUUCCUGGCAGGGCAAAGGUGUGGAGAGGGAGUACGCAUUCAUAAAAUCGAUGGAUCCCGAAGCAGACACCCUUCCCGAGUUCAGGUCUGUAGAUGAGGUCGCGGACGAAAGAUUGCCUACCCCCUUCUUGAACGAUCUCAAGACCGGGUUGAGGCUGGUAAAAUUGCAUAAUGCGUUGGUGAGGGAGAGCAAGAGACCAUUUGGAGCUAUCGAUAAAUGGCACACAGAGUUCGGAAAGCCGUAUCGGAUGGCCGAGAAUCUUCGCUAUUGGAUCAAAGCAGCAGAACUGAGAUGGGAAGUCAUAUUGCACGUGGACGUUAUGGGAGUUGUCAAUGGUACUGACAGAGCAGCCUGGAAAGGUUUCGAAGAAGCUAUUUGGAAGUGGUGUGCACGAGUCAGGGAGGAGAUUACUGGAGAGUUAAAAGUUUGA